ACAUUUAUCAUAGCGAGGAAUAACUUUAAUUGUCCUCGUGUGACUUGUACUUCACAAUUUAUGUAAUACCAUUUAUGUUCUGUACUUCAUUUGCAUUGCUAUUGAAUUGAUACACAGCAGCUCCCACAAAAACCAGACAUGUCCGAGUCGGAAGUAGCAGGUCAGAGGUACCGUGUGGGCUAUGCUCUCCAAGGCAAGAAAGUCGAAAGCUUCAUUCAACCCUCACUCCUCGAUCACGCCAAACAACACAGCAUCGAUCUCGUCCAAAUCGACCCCACCGCACCCUUACAACAACAAGGUCCUUUCCACUGCAUCAUUCACAAACUCCACACCCAACACUGGAAAAACCUCCUCCAACAAUUCUCAUCCAAACACCCAAACACCGUAAUCAUCGACCCUCCCGAGCUGGUGGAUCGCCUGCACAACCGGGUUUCAAUGCUCGACGCAGUGACCCACUUACAAUUUUCCCUCGAAAACGCCACCAUUGGGGUUCCAAAGCAAGUGGUUGUGAACGAACCCAAAUCCUUCGAUUUGCACAAAUUCGAAGAAGAACAGGGCUUGCGGUUCCCGGUGAUUGCGAAACCGCUGGCGGCUGACGGCGGCGCCGGCUCUCACGAACUGUGUUUGGUUUUCGACGAGGAGGGACUCCACGCGUUGAGCGUUCCCAUGGUGCUGCAAGAGUUCGUGAAUCACGGCGGGGUCGUGUUCAAGAUUUACGUUGCUGGGCAGCGCGUGAAUUGCGUAAAGCGCAAGUCUUUGGGUGACAUAACGGAAGAGAAGCUGAAAGUGUUAAGGGGGUCGCUGCCGUUUUCUCGUGUGUCGAGUUUGGGGGUUGAAGACGAGGGUGGCGGCGCCGUUGAGGACGCUGAAAUGCCUCCGCAGAGUUUGGUGGGUGAGUUGGCGAGGGGAUUGAGGGAGGCAUUGGGACUUAACCUUUUUAACGUUGAUGUCAUUAGAGAUGGUAAGGAACCGACAAGGUACCUCGUUAUUGAUAUCAAUUACUUUCCCGGGUAUGCGAAAUUGCCCUCUUAUGAGCCUUUUAUCACCGAUUUUUUGUUGGACAUUGUACGCUCCAAGACUGCGUAGUGCGUAGGCAAAUAGUUGAAAGUCCGAGGAUGAUCGAUGAUGUUAUUACACAUUUACACUGUUGUCUAAUCAUUUUUGUUAUGCUGUUUUAAAGUCCUUCCUCUUUUGUAUGUCGUUUUCGAGAAUGAUAUUGAUUGGUGGUGUUACUUGAUAAUUGAUAUUGCACCUGUUAUAUUUGAUUUGGGGUGUUUUGAUCA